AUGCCUGAAAUUAAACGUAAACAUGGUCGUCCUCCUAAUAAUGGGCAUAUUCAUGGUACUGAUAAAAAUAUGCUUAAAAAAGCCAAAGUUAAGAAAGAAUUUGAUAAGAAUAAUACGACAUUAUCACACUUAUCUGGUUUGAGCCUUGAUUCACGUAUUCCUCAAAAUGCAGUGUUAGAGGUACACAACCUACUUGGCGAUGGUCAUUGUGGAUUCCAAUCACUAGCUGUAGCUAUAUUUCAAGAAGAAGGCAAAUGGCAAGAUGUUAAGAUUGCUAUGAAGUCUCAGCUGACCAAGCAGCAAUAUAUAUACGGAUGUUCACGAGAGUACUGGUUUUAUGUGCCAGAAUGUGCUCAGCUAGCAUCUGAUACAUUUAACAUACCAAUAGCAGCAUUUAGUGAGGAUUCUACGUCAAGUCUUUUUUUUUUGCCAUUCGAUAAAAAGCCUGGGAGUCGUAAAAAGCCUAUCAUUUUGCAUUGGCACGGAAAAGAUCAUGUCGUAUUGGUUAAAUUCAAGCAACAUAGGGAUAUACAAGUUCCACAUUUAAACCCUCAAUAUAUACCUAUUUGCUGA